GUGAAAUGAAAGUGAAAAAUAGUGGGAACGAGAUGUUAAACGAAAUCAUAGUUUGAUUCAACUUGUUUGAUAAAAACGAGUCGAGCUCAAACUGGUUUAGUUAGCGUGCUCAAUAAGGCUCAUAUUGACGGCUCGAGCUACUGCUCGGGGGUUUGGACUCAGAACACGCUUCACGAAUCCAUCUCUACCUGCUCGGCCUCGUCGCCAAUGGACGACGAAUCUCCGUCCUUCCCGCCCAUUGAGCCCUCCAAUUUCGAUCUCAUCGUCGUCGGCACCGGCCUCCCUGAAUCCAUAUUCGCCUCCGCCGCAUCAGCCGCCGGAAAAACGGUUCUCCACCUCGAUCCUAACCCCUUCUACGGCAGCCACUCCGCCUCCCUCCCCCUCGACGACCUAGUCUCCUUCCUCAAGUCCCAAUCUGAACCGCACACCCUAUCUCAAUCCCAAUCGGAAACCCAAUCGCCGCCCCAAAUCGCCCACGGCGGUAAUGGCGUUUGUAUUCCUCUCUCGACUCGCCCUCUCUACAACGAUCUGGAGAUAAACGUCUACUCACCCGACAUCAUGGGACUUUCCAGGAAAUUUAGCCUCGACUUGGCGGGUCCUCGGGUUUUCCUAUGCUCCGACUCCAUGAUUGAUUUGAUCCUCAGGACUGAUGUUAACCUGUACAUGGAGUUCAAGAGCGUGGAGGCCUGCUUCUUGAGCGACGCCGAGGGUAAAUUGGAAAGUGUACCGGACUCGCGCAGCGCCAUCUUUAAAAGUCGGACUUUGUCUCUGCCUGAGAAAAAUCAGUUGAUGAAGUUCUUUAAGUUUGUGCAGGGGCAUGUUGGGAGUGAGAGCGAGGGGGAUAAGAUUUCUGAAGAGGAUUUGGGAAGUCCUUUUGUCGAUUUCUUGUCGAAAAUGGGGCUGUCGGAGAAACUAAAAUCGAUAAUUUUGUACACAAUAGUGAUGGCUGAUUAUGAUCAGAGAAACUUGGAAGUUUGUAAAGAUGUUAUGGACACUAAAAGUGGGAUUAAUGGAUUGGCACUUUAUCACUCGUCCAUUGGAAGGUUUUUCAAUGCAAAUGGUGCUAUAAUAUAUCCCAUUUACGGUCAAGGGGAACUCCCUCAAGCCUUCUGUCGCCGUGCUGCUGUCAAGGGGUGCAUUUAUGUUUUGCGAAUGCCUGUGGCUUCUGUGCUCAUGGAUAAGGAUGGCCGAAUGUAUGAGGGCGUUAAAUUAGCUUCCGGUCAGGAGUUAUUCAGCUCUCAACUGAUUCUUGCUCCACAUUUCACAAUCCCAUCAACUUCGGCUCCUAUUGAACAGGUGGCAUCUUCACAUAAUGCCAGGCUUUCUGAUACAAAAGAGAAGGUUGCUCGGGGAAUAUGCAUUGCGAAGAAUUCAGUAAAGCCAGGAGUUGCAAAUUGUUUAGUGUUCUUCCCUCCGAAAUCUUUGUACCCAGAACAAAUUACAACCGUCCGUGUACUCCAGUUGAGUGGCAAUGUGGCUGCUUGCCCCUCAGGGAUGUUUGUGACUUAUCUGUCAGCUAAAUGUGGUAAUGCUGUAGAGGGGAAGAGAUUACUAAACGAAGCCAUAAACACACUGUUCUGUAAGGAACAUUCGUGUGAGAAUACGGAAGGAAAACCCUGUUUGCUUUGGAGUGCUCUGUAUAUUCAAGAGCUAACUGAGUUUCACGGUGCUUUUCAGUCCAUCACCUUCACGCCCAUGCCUGAUGAACAUCUACACUACAAUAACCUCCUUGAUGCAACCAAAAAGGNAUUUCAAGAAAUAUAUCCUAAUGAAGAAUUCUUUCCAAAGAUUAGCAUGACAGAUGAUGAUUUGUGAUGAUGGUAGCACAUAAGGAGAGGAAAUGGGAGCUGCUCUGGAUUUGGAAAUCGUAUGUGUCGUUGUAUUAUUAAUAACAGAAACAAAAAAAUGGAAGGUUGUUUUAUUUAGGUAUAACUAUUUGUGAAUUCGACUUGGAAAAUUAUGCUGUGUUAUGUAAUCAUCUUAGCUGAAUAGCCUGAAUAGCCCUCUGUUCUGUUUGCUGUCCUGUCGUAGUGAGUGUUAUCCUCUGCUAACUUAAAUCUUUGCUUGGUCACCUUAUUUAGUAAUCAGUUUAAUGCCAAAUGGAAGGCUUGAUACCUUAUUUGCUAAUCAGUGUAAUUGUAAAUGGUAGCAUUUAUCUUCACAUUUCUUUUAAUUUAAGCCCAAGAUCAAGUGUCCUUUGUUUUUGUUAUCUUCGUCUACAACAGAAAAUUAAAA